UUCGGCGGGUUGUCUGAUGCAAUGUUGUUUUUUUCUCCGUGCGAGGAGGAAAACAAAAAAAAGUCGAGCUACUUUUUUUUAAACAAUGGAGGCGUCAAAUUUAAAGGAAACUCCAGGGGCAAUUAAGACAGAACCGGGCCUACCUCCUCACAGCUACUUCAAACCACACGAACACAGUAAUCUUAAACCACCAUCACAAUAUUUCUAUCCUGGAAUCUCACAAGCUUUCCUGCCGGACAUCAUGAAAACCCCAGCGAGCACAUUGCAUAGAAAUCUACCGACUUUUGUUCCUGCGUACGCCCAAGAAGUGGUCAUUUCGGAAGCACAUGAGAACACCUACAAAGUCAUCCCCGGCUCCUCUAGAUCACCAUCAACAAACUCAACCAUGUCACCACCAACUGCACCUGCCAAGGAUAAACCCUAUCAGUGCAAAGUGUGCUCGAAAAAGUUCUCAUCUCCUGAAUACCUUAAAGUUCACUUCCGGAUUCAUUCGGGAGAAAAGCCCUAUGCAUGCAAAUACCCAAACUGUGCGAAAAAAUUCACUCAGCAGUCCGGGCUGAAUUCCCAUCUUAGAACACAUUCGGGAGAAAAACCCUUUCCCUGUUCCCUAUGCGAUAAGCGCUUUUCGCAGAAAAUCAACAUGCAGCUGCAUUUGAGGAAGCAUUCGGGUAUUAAACCCUUUCAGUGUCAAGUUUGUCAGAAGGCUUUCUACUCUCCCGAAUGUCUCAAGAUUCACUAUCGUACGCACACCGGCGAGAAACCCUACGAAUGCAGGUAUCCAAAUUGCCAGAAGAGAUUCACGCAGCAAUCCGGACUGAUUUCACAUGAACGCACCCAUUCAGGAGAAAAACCAUUUUCCUGCACAUUGUGUGAAAAGCGCUUCUCACAGAAGAUCAACCUACAGAUACAUCUGCGAAAACAUUCAGGUAUUAAACCUUACCAGUGCACCUACUGCCAGAAAUCUUUCUACUCUCCGGAAUGUCUAAAGAUUCAUACAAGAAUACAUACAGGUGAAAAGCCUUUUCAAUGCGCCAUUUGCGAAAAAAGAUUCAUCCAGCAGUCCAGUCUCAACAGCCACAUCCGGAAGCACGCAGGAGAUGAUUUGUGAGAGCAUCCAGUCAACGCAGACCCACGAUCAAAGUAAGCAGACGUAUCAUUUCUCUUAAUUUCCCAAUUGCCAUAAUAAUGAAUUAUAUUCCUUACCUUGGUAGUGCCCCUAAAAAAAAAUUACAUACGAUUUUAUGAAUAUUCAUUUGUGCAGUGCUAAAUGAUGAUCACAUUAAAAAUAUUUUAUUAAUA